AAGUCGAUCAACGUCACUGCGAGGAGGAGACAUCACACUGAUAACAAACAACUAUCCUCAACCGUAGCAUCUCCCCUUUUCUCCGUUAACUGACCCUCAAUAUUUGGGUUUAAAGAAAGGUUCACUAAUCACCUCCAGACUUUAAACCGGACUUUAAUCUCUGUCCCACCGCUUUCGCUGAUGGUAGUUUGAUCACCGGUUGUUGUCGAUAAAACGUCGGUUAGAGAUGACGAGCUACCAGACGUUUCAUUCCCAGCUGACGUCCAUCAUGGAUGCUCUGGCGAAAACAGCGGUGGUGGAGAUCUGCGGGCUGGUGGACAGCAGCUACGCCGUGCUUCAGCUGGAGAUCAGCCGCAGCCGCGAGGAGAACGAGGCGCUGAGGAGGAAGCUGGGGCUGAUCGAGACCAUCAUCGCGCGAGGGAACGGGACCAACGGUGGGCUGAUGGACUUCACUGUCGGUGAGUUACCGAUGCUGUGGAGGGUUUUAUCCUCUAAAAACGUUUCAAAACAUUCUUUAAGGGGACAGGAAAUGAAUGAAGCCCCUUCAUGACCGCUUUUAAAAGCGCCGAAUCAGAAUAGUGGUGGGAAUUCCGUCUCACUUUGAUGAUCGGACCAUUUGACUCGGCUCAGCAAACUGACAACUCUUUAAAAACAGAAUCGACUUUAGUGUCCAAUUACAUGGACCGUAUUUUAAUCCAGGUGUGACAGCUCCAGUGAGUGUUGUUUGAACCUUUUAGAGUUUUUCCUCUCAACUCAGCAGAGAUGAGGUCCUAAGUCUUCCAUGUUAAAGGGAUAUUCUGGGGUAAGAUUAAUUUAGGAUAGCGAUACACAGCAGUCUGCCAUCAACAAACCUCAACCAAAAAGCCACAAAUAAUGCUCAGAACAGCACGUAACUUCAUCAACAGGACAUAUAGGGUCCCAUCCAUAGUACUAGCCACCAAACAUCUUUUUAACUUUGCCUAAUUUCUUUUGCAAAGAGACUAAACACAACUCGCCUUCUCUCUUCCAGCAGCCGCUUGUUUGUACAGAGACCUCGGGCAAGUCCGUUACAGACUGCAGCGGGGUGACGCAGCUCAAGGAAGAACAUUUAUGAUCAUUUCUUCAUGGAAAUGCAAUCAGACCGAGACACUAAGGCAGAAGAACUACCAUGUCGGCUGUGAAAAAUGAUUAAUAUGGUGAUUAUUACUUCAAGGAAAUGAGAAAGAUAGAAACCCUAUAUGUCCUGUUGAUGAAGUUAGGUGCUGUUCUGAUCAUUAUUUGUGGCUAUAGAGUGGCGUUUUGGUUGAGGUUUGUUUAUGGCUCCUCAGACCACUGUGUAUUGCUAUCCUGCAGUCGUUACUAAAGUUGGUAUAAGUAGAGAAGCAAGCAGUCGGCAACAUCCAUCUCUCAAGGGGGUGUCUAACUUGGUGCUACGGUGUUUUUGACCCUAAAUUAAUUUUAUGCUGGAAUAUCCCUUUAAUAGAUUGCAGAAUCGAUCAAAUUUUAAUGUAAAGAUAAACCUUAACUUCCCUUUUUUUGGACAAAUUUGUUUACUUUUUAUGUUUAGGGAUCACGAACAAUAUCAAGCAAAUAUCUGCAGUGCUUAUGUGGUGGUAAUGGCAGACAACACAAACUCAGGAUGUCAGCAGUCCACUCUUAUGCCAAACCGCUCUCUCUGAAACCCACAGAGAAGUGUUCGUUAUAAUUGUCUUUUACUUUGUUUACUUCAGAUUUGUACUUUUCCACUGUACAUGUAACUGUUUCCACUUAACUCAUAGAUUGUUUUCAUCUAAUCAGAACAAUGUGACAUUUAGCUUGAUAAGCAGGAAGUUGAUGAACCACAAGACUCUCAUUAUUCUGCCGUACAGGUUAGCUACAGUAGAUACUCGCCUCAAGGUCAGCACUCACGUUUUAUGGCACAUUUUAGUGAAACCACUUGAACAGUAGCUGGCCCGUUCACGUCAAAGAUAACUGGCAAAUGAGACUUGGUUGCGUGUAAGUCCAACUUCAGUCUAGGGCAACUCCUGCCCAAGAAGAGGAUGUGAAUUACAUCUGGAAAUAGGCACGCAUUGUGAUGGAAAGCCUAGAAGCUCUUUCAUUACGAGUCCAGCACUGUUCUACUUUACAUGAGAUCAAAAUAAAUGUUUUUCUGGAGCUUCCAACUAAAGAAUCUGAUUAACAUAUUCAAACACUUUUUGGCCUCUUAAAGUCCACCCCAGGAAACAGUGUAGUGACUGUCUUUUCAUGUUUCAUCCAGAACGUGCCUUACCGACCGGAGCUGUGUCCAAACUACCAGAAGCAAGUCGUUCAAGAAGUGGAAGGAUCCCCGUGUCGGAGGCGACCACAGAGCUGAGCCCUGCAACCCAAGAGGUAAGAGGUUACAGCUACUUCAAGUCAGGAUCUUGGUAGAAGAUGAAUGAAAAACUUGUACAGAGCAGUCUGUUUUUGCACACUUGAUCUUGAAGAGAGACAUUGAAGUCAGUUUUGAAUUUUCUCAAAGGAUUCUUCAGGAGCAGCUGCAGAGGAGGCGUGCGAUCAUGUCGUCGUUUUGAUCAAAGAGGAGACGACAAAAGAGGAGGUGAACGGUGACGACACGCAAGAGUUGCUCCUCGAGGAAGAUGGUAAGAGAGUAGGUGCAUUAAUUUAGGCGAUGUGUAAAGAAAUGAUUUUGACGUUCUGUCUUUGUGGCUCCAGAUCACAGGUUGUGUUUCUGUGUAUUUGUGUGUCUGAAGGGGCGGAGCAGCCGCUGAUGGUAGCAGAGGACAGUGAAGAAGGUCCGUCUGGGAGGAUGACCUCAGACUCUGCUGCAGACACAAGGCCGUGGGAUCCGAACAGUGACAGACCAUCAGAAUCCCACCCUGGCUCUCCUGGUCCUGCAGGCGGCACUGACAGUAGCUCAGAUGUAGUGUUGGACUUGGCCUCUGAGUUGGACUGUGACGCUCCGCCUACAGUCCAGACAAGGAGGCAGUUUCUCCUCAGGUCUGGUGUGGGCCCCUCCCCCCUGUCCUCUGAGCGGAAGCAGGGAGCAUCUCUGAUUGGCUCCCUCCCCUACGACACAGAACUGGAUCCGUGCCCCUCCUGGACUAAUCAGUGCCUGCCGAGCAUGAUGCCCAUCCCUCACAGGACAGGACCAACGCUUCUGGACAAGGCAUCAGACCUGAGUGCUGCAGCUUUCCCCUUGACACUCGGUCUCAGUGGAUCCAGAAUGGACUCGUUGGACUCAAACACAUACUGCAGAAGGCGGUUCGUCUGCAGCUACUGCGGGAAGUGCUUCACAUCGUCUCGAAGCCUGGAGACGCACGUACGCGUCCACACAGGGGAGCGACCGUACAGCUGCGCACAGUGCGGAAAGCGCUUCACACAGGCGGGACACCUUAAGACGCAUCAGAGCGUCCACACGGGUGAGCGGCCGUUCGCCUGCGAAGUCUGUGGGAGACGAUUUGCCGGGAAGCAGAACCUGAGGAUCCAUCAAAAUAAACACCACCAGAUGGAUGUUUAGCUGAACAUUACGCUGAGCGCAGCUGAAGAACCUGCACUCAUGGGACUUAAAGACGGAAACUGUGAUGGACUAGAGCCUUACUGAACUAUUUAUUACAUUUUCUAAGUUUGGGACCUUUUCGAUAACGUGAUAACGAGAUAUGUGGAUGCUUUUUCAUGACUUUUUAAACUUUUCAAGCCUUAUCUACUUUUUACCUUCAGACCUCUUUUGGUAGAUACCGGACUGAAAAUGGGGCUUCAAACAGGUUCUCAUUUAUCCUUACCUCAAAAAGAGCGUGGGCCGCCUCGGUCCACCUCAGCGCUUCGAGCUCGAGCAUGACAAUGAUUCCUGUAGAAAGCCAACAUCCGUGAGAAGCAUGCAAGUGUUUGUUGCUUGAUGUUAAACUCAAAUUAAAAAGCUGCAAUCAUUGAUGAACA